AGAGGCCCACCAAAUAAUCUUUCCUCGACGUUGUAUUCUCUUUUCUGCGUUCAGUUGUUCGCGUGAUCGCGUCCGCAUGUCCAAAAUCCAAAUCAGUUGUUCCCUGCAGAUUGUGAGUUCAAAAAAAAGAAAGGUACAUGCAAAUAGACCCAAGUUGACUCUAAAACACUUACGACGACGAUGUAGUGUAUGUAGCCCGCCGUUCAGCCAUCUCCAAAUUACCGAUGAAGCAUUUCAUCAAACACUUGGGGAGCAACCUCUCCUCCUCCUCCCAUCACCACUCCCUCUCGUCACUUUCCCUUCACUACCUCCUCACACCAACCCACUCCUUCAAUUCCUCCUCCUCCGCAUCCUCCCAACGCCACCAAACCACCCGUCCCAAUUUCCGUGCCUCCCUCUUCUGCUCUCUAAUCCACCUCCUCCUCUCCUCCGGCCACCUGUCCGCCGCCAUUGAUGCAUUCGCCGCAAUGCGGCGGACCCACCGCCUCGUCCCGCCUGAUCAGUCCGCCUGGAACCGCUUGCUGCGCGGAUUCAACGACGCCGGUUUGGUCUCCGAGGUAUGGCUUGUCUAUUCCGAUAUGCUCUCUUCUGGCUUCGGUCCAAAUGUUUUCACUCGCAACAUAGUCAUUCACUCUCUAUGCAAAGCUGGUAACCUUAAUUUAGCCCUAGAAUUGCUCAGGACGAAAUCGAGAAAAAUGGAAGUUGAUACUUUUUGUUAUAAUACUGUUAUAUGGGGGUUUUGCAAACUGGGUUCGGCCCAUCAGGGUCUAGGGUUGGUUUCUGAGAUGGUUAAGAAUGGGGUACCUGUAGAUUCUUUUACUUGCAAUAUUUUGGGUAAAGGGUUUUGCCAGGUUGGGAUGUUAGGGUAUGCUGAGAUGGUGAUGGAUGGAUUUGUUGUCGCGGGUCGGGUUUGUUGGGAUCUUGUGGGGUUUAAUACGUUGAUUCAUGGGUAUUGUGAAGCCGGUGAGGUCAGUGCAGCGUUGGAGUUGAUGGAGAGUAUGCAAAGGGGAGGUAUAGUUCCUGAUAUAGUUAGUUAUAACACUCUGAUUGAUGGGUUGUGUAAGAUAGGGGAUUUUGUGGGGGCUAAUAUUGUCAUUGACGAGCAUUUGUCUCAGAGAAGUAUGGACGAUGAUGGUGGUUGUUUGAAAAAUGAUGGUGCUGAAAAGAAUGAUUUUGCAGUUGGGGGAUCAGAGUUGAAACAAAAUAUUAUCACGUACACCUCGGUUAUUAGUGGGUAUUCUAAAUGGAGAAGGCUUGAGGAAGCACUUAGUCUUUACGAUGACAUGCUGAAGAAUGGGUUGUUGCCUGAUACAGUAACUUAUAGUUCCCUAAUGAAUGCCUUCUGCAAACAUGGGAGGUUAGCUCAAGCAGAAGAACUUUUCAAGGAGAUGGAAAGAAUGGGUGUGGAUCCUAAUCAUGUUUCCUAUUCUAUUCUCAUUGAUUCCUACUUAAAAAGAAGAAAUUCUAUGGGGGCCUUUGCCCUUCAAAGCCAAAUGGUAGUUCGAGGAAUUGCCUUUGAUGUGGUCGUGUUCACCACAUUGAUGGAUGGACUCUUUAAGGUUGGCAAGCCUCUUGAGGCUGAAGAUAUGUUUCGGUCUCUUUUGAAUCUCAACCUAAUUCCUAGUCCCAUUUCUUAUUCUGUGUUGAUUGAUGGGCGCAGCAAAUUAGGGGAUAUGAAGGGGGUAGAAUCUGUACUGCAAGUAAUGGAGGCACAAAAUGUUCAUGCGAACGCCAUUAUUUAUUCCUCUGUUAUUAAGGGCUACACCAGUAAGGGAAUGCUUGAUGCAGCUGCUAAUGUCAUGAGGAAUAUGGUUCGAAAAAAUGUCAGGCCAAAUGUCUUCACUUACUGUAUCCUGAUUGACGGUUAUUUCAAGGCUGGUAAACCAGAAAUUGCUAAUGACUUAUAUGAAGACAUGAAAUUGAGAGGGGUAGAGGAGAAUAAUUUUAUACUUGAUGUACUUGUCAACAAUUUGAAAAGAGGAGGAAAGAUGGAUGAGGCUCAGGCGGUAUUUGGAGAUAUGGUGUCAAAGGGAUUGUCUACUGAUCGGGUUAACUACACUUCUCUGAUGGAUGGAUUUUUCAAAGUAGGUAAGGAGUCAGCUGCUCUUGACGUGGCUGAAGAAAUGGCAGAAAAGAACAUGGAUUUUGACACCAUUGCAUACAACGCAUUUAUCAAUGGACUAAUGAGACUUGGCGAAUACGAACCACAAUCGCUUUUUACCGGAAUGACGCAAUCUGGUUUAGCUCCAAACCUUGCUACUUACAACACAAUGAUUAAUGCUUAUUGUAAAAAAGGGAACUUGGGAAAUGCUCUCAAAUUAUGGGAUGAUAUGAAGAAUAGUGGCUUAGUGCCUAAUUUAAUAACUUGCAACACUAUGGUAGGAGGGCUUUGUCAAGCAGGUGAGAUUGAUAAAGCAAUGGACUUGUUGAAUGAAGUGAUGGUGGUGGGGUUUCACCCUACUUCGACCACUCAGAGACUCGUGCUUGAAGCGGUUUCUGUGAAUAAAAGAGCUGAUAUGAUUCUGGAUAUGCAUAAACGGCUUGUACAUAUGGGGCUUAAACUCGAUCGAGUAGCUUAUAACACUCUCAUAACUAUCUUGUGUCGACUAGGGAUGACAAGGAAGGCAAAAUCGGUAUUAGAAGAAAUGACAGGAAAAGGCAUUUCAGCAGACACUAUCACUUACAAUGCCUUUAUAUGCGGGUACUGCAAAAGCAGCCAUUUAAAAAGUGCUUUUGCGACGUAUUCUCAAAUGUUGACGGAAGGAGUUUCUCCUAAUAUCGUAACUUACAAUAUUCUCUUAGGGAGGCUCUUGGCUAACCGUUUGAUACAUGAGGCUGCUGAAUUAAUUGAUGAGAUGAAAGAAAGAGGCUUUGUUCCUAAUGGCGAGACAUAUAAUGUUUUGGUUUCUGCACACGCAAAGAUGCGAAAUAACAAGGAAGCUAUAAAAUUUUACUGUGAAAUGGUAACCAAAGGCUUCGUCCCUCGAACUAGUACUUACAAUGCCCUUGUCAGUUGUUUUGCUGCAGUAGGAAAGAUGAAGCAAGCUAGAGAGCUUAUGAAUGAGAUGCAAGUCAGAAGCGUCCCGCCUAAUUCUUCAACAUAUGAUAUCCUAAUCAGUGGCUGGUGCAAGCUAUCAAAUCUUUCAGAGCAGGAUAGGGUGUUAAAAAAAUCAUACCGAGCUGAGGCAAAGAAGUUAUUUGUGGAGAUGAAUGAGAAAGGUUUUAUCCCUUGUGAAACUACUUUAAAAUGUAUCAGUCCAAUCGUUGCAAAACCAGGAAAGAAGGUUGAUGCUCUGAGGAUGUUGGAUGGAUUAUACAAGAGAAAGACCAUUUAAUGCAGUAAUGAAGGAAAGGAGUAAUAUUUUGGCUGGGAAUUCACAGCUGUUGAAUGUUCUCCUUCAGCUAAUCCAGCGCUUCAUUGUUCGUAUUCGCGUCUGGAAGUAAAAUGCAGCAAGGGAGGUACGAAAUAGGGAGAAUUUCAAAACAAAGAAGAGUCCAUCAGUGUUGGAGCAAUUUCAACAAGCUUCAAUGGAGCUGAUCAUUAGCUGAGUUGCUGAAUGUACCGGUGUUGCGCUUUUUAACAGUCAAGGAAUCUAGUACUCAAGUGUGGAGUUGUUCAGCUGUCUCUCCAUUCAGUGGUAAUUGGUUUCAGGAAUGCCUUAUAUCAGUUUGGUUGACUAAAUAUCGAGGAUGAUUCAUGGUAAAUACCCUUUACCAAAAAUAUCAGCUCCGGCCCUCCGGGGCACAAUUAUCUACCUAUACAUAUUAGAACCUUGAGUGACUGCACAUCUGAGCUCAAAUCUGUCUUCUAUAAGGUUUGUCGGCUUUCAACCCAUCUUUAAAGUGGCCUACCAGGUGAUAGAAGACCGGGUAAAACUUUUUUCUUAAGGCUUUUUCCUCUUUAUAGACGGAACUGGAAACAGAGUCACAAGCACAGAUUUUGUCUUAAACUCCACCAAAUAAUCUGGCAGUGGCAUUUUCUAAAUUUUGAUUAUGGUUCUUCUAUACAAGCUAAAGAACCAUAAAACAUGUGUCAUUGCAUGAUGUUAUGUAAAAUUGAUGCGUGCAUCGCAUUGUCCAUUAAAAUUCUACUAUAUGUUUUCGUUCGUGUGUCGUGACAGGCUACCAAGGCUAGAAGUGUGAUGCCCUCCUCCUAGGGCUUGGAAUUGGGGCAACCACUUUAACUAGCACAUAGUUAACGAUAUUCUCAGCAACAUCAAGCAACAACCAGACAUAGAAGAAAGGCUAGUAGAGAUUGGAGUUAAGGGUAGUAAGAGAGAGCCUUUCACCUCUAGUCAAGCCUAUUUUACUGGGUCACUUGCGAGCAGGGCUCGUUAGAGUGGUUUAUUGGCCUGAUGACUGUGGUGGCCUAGAAUUAAUGGAAGGCGUGAUCAAGCUUCACAACUAUUGCACCUGUGUGCGUACAAAGAGGGGACACUAGAAAUGGCAUUCAUAUUCUCUGCGGUACGCAUGUGAAGACGCAUUUUCAUAGACCAAAUUGGCAUAAUGUGGUGGAGCAUUUAGCUGCUAAUCAUACCGAUCAACUUGUUGUUCCCAUCUCCACCCGAUCUAGCCAGCCACCGGUUGGGCUUUGCAGAGUAGAUAACCCGGCCGUCUUCUAUUUUGGGACUCCAGUCGGCGGUGGCAGAGGCUCCGGCUCCGGCUCCGGCAGAUGAAUAUGAUGCAGUGAUGCCGUGGAAUUUCAAGACGAGAGUAUAUAAAAUAGUAAAAUAACGGGUAGCAGGUGAACAGUUGCUCAACAGAUUUUUUUUUUUUUUAAGCUAAAGUCAUCAUUGUUAUAUGCAGUUAGAGCAUCCACAUUGUAAUAAGCAAAUUGGUAUGGAUAAGCAAACUUAACAAUAAUGCUAAAAAAAUACCUCACAUUGUAAUAA